AUGGCUACUCCACGAUGUCAAAGCACCGACAGCGCAGAGCCUUGUGCACAGUUAUCCAUUGACCUCCUCAACAGUGUUAACAAUACCACCCGCUAUCGAGAACCGCACAGCUUCCCGACCGUAGCUUUACGACGCGGCCAACCGAGGAGAAACAAGCCACGGGACAUUUACUCCAUACCUCCUGAAGAUAGUUCGGCUUCAACGACGCGAUCUGUUGACAUGCUAUCGCCCCCUCUGGGUGGAAGACGACGUCUUCGCCGGCGUGCGACCGCGACGAAUCCCCGUUCUGCGACCAGUAAUGGCGGCCACUACUUGCGAUCCUCCCCGCGGAAGCGAAGAACGGAUACCUCGCCUACUAAGCUCCCAAGAGAAGCGUUUGUUUUGAGUGACGCUAGCAGUGAUGACGAGCGUGUUGGUGGUGGAAUUGAGGAUGUUUCGGUAGCGGAAAAACAAGAAGAAGAGGACAUCAUUAUGCAAUCCAUCCCCCGAAGGAAAUCAAGAAGAGCAGCCACAAACGGUGAUGGCGGAAGUGCGGCGCGGCGGGGCACUUACAGCGAUCCGGAUACAUCGUAUCAACCAUCGGACGAAGAUGGAGAUAGUGAAAAUGAAGUUUCCACUCAAGAUCAAGAGCACAACGAGGGUCGAUCCGAUCUUCAAAUCAACUUCCAGCAGGGCGUGAGCCCUAGGGUGGAGGCUGAGUCAAUUGAAAUCCCCGAUGAAAUGGAAGAUAUCCAACAAGUUGAUGAGCUAGGGAGAAACCUAGAUGACGGCGCCAGAAGUUUUAGCGACGUUGAAAGCAACUACGGACUGGGAGACGAUGAAUAUUUCGUAGAGGCUAGCCAUGUGUUCGAGCAAGAGAAGAACUGGUCUGCCCUCAUCUCUGAAGCUAGAGAGUUGAUAAAGGAAGCGAAUUCCAAGAGAAUCGGCGUUUACAGUCGCCGCUCGAUCCGACUACUUGGGAACAUAUGGGAUGCGAGGGAAAUCUAUACUGAGAGUAUGGGAGUACGGCAAGAUCGUGACGAUGACUCGCAAAUGACGGCUAAAGAGAAUGAAAUCCUUCAAACCAUAUCUGCGAGAAUCAUGAAGUUACAAAUUAGGAAACCUGCCAACCUCGAGGACGAACAGAGCCUUCUGUCGACGGUCCACGAGAUCCAUGGAUACAUCAUUCCAGCAGCAAUUGGCUUGCUUCAAAAUUGUUUGAUGGCGCAUUUUCUGGAGGGCCGUCUUUCCGACAAAGGUAUCGACCAAUUGGUUCAGAUACUGAGAUUGUUCUCUGAGGUGUGCGACCACACAAACCCGAGUGAUUAUCCACCCUCUGUCCAAUUUCCCGAUCGCCUGAAGACCGUGAGGAUCCUGUUUAGGUUUCUAUUAUAUGUCUUUCAAACACAACAAGGUAAAAAGUGAUCUGGAAGGAGAGCAUGAGAUCCUGUAUGGGUAUACCGGAGGAGGAAUACAAUAAGUUGCUGGUUAUGUGCAUAAUAUAAGCGCUUUCGGCGGGUUCUGGUGGCCACGCUACCGUGAAAAUUUAACCGCGCCACGCGCCCACUAACCAAUGUUUACGGUAUUUGUCGCUGUUG